AUGCGGAGCGGUGGCAGCACUGUGGUCGUGCCAAUCGGACCGACGAUUAGUGGCGUCUUAGCCACGAGCGCGGCGUCGAUCCAUUUACGGCAGCUCUACCGUGCGGCCGUCGUCGUCAUUGGUGCAGCGAUCCUCCUGCUCGUGGCCGUCGACACGUUCGCCAACAACUGGGCGCUGAACGACUACAUCGGCAACGGCAACUGCUUCAAGACGCCGAUCGCAACCGUCUCGGACGUCUCGGGCGUCUCGGCGGCGUAUACGUUCCGCCACGACCUCGCGCUCGAUGAUGUGUCGCAAAUCGGCGGCUGGAUGCUCAACUACACGCUGGACGAGUUUAUCAGUGUCAACACCGACUACUACGUCGUGUCUGCCGGUGCAUAUUCGCUUCCGGCGACCACGAACCUCUGCAGCAUCUUCCAAGGCGAGUACGAUGUCAACCUUCGCGCCGACGCGUUCAAGAUUGCUGUCGUUACCAACUCGAUCACGUUCAUGCGUGGCAGUGCGUGGAGCCACCUCUUAACAAAGGACGCGUCCGAGGGCGUCGCGACGUCCACAAUGAAAAGUAAAGAGCUCGUCGCGUUGGACUAUGUGCCCACACGCCUCGCGGUCGAUCUGCGCUUGUCGGACCCGUUCAACAUUGCCAACUCGUCCGAGACCCAACACGUGGUGAUGAGCUACUACCGCAUCUUUCCGCGUAGCUUUUGCAGCGGGUGCACGCCCAUUGUCGAGCUCGGUCACGGCAGCUGCAACUUUACGCUGGUUUACAACGACGCCACAUCAUCGAUGCAUGUACAGCGCAGCGCCAAUAUCGACCAGUCGAUCUACAAGCUCGGCUUGAUGCUCCCAAAAUCAGCAUUCUCGUCGGCGUCGCACUACCUCAAGGCGAUCGCAAUUGCGUUUGCGCUCGGUGGUUACCUCGGCAGUCGCAAGACGGUGCAGUGGAGCGAAGUCGAUCAUACGGCAACCGACUCGAUUUUUGCCAAGAUUUUACGGACCAUUUCACCCAAGUACUUUCCAUACCCGAGUUUAGCGCUGGAUUUUCGCAUGUUUUGCUACAAUUCCGAUUUGUUUGUGCUGCUGUUUGCGACCAGCGUCAUUCUCGACAUGAGCAAUUGCUUUGCGGCCAUGCGCAACAUGCAAGUGUACAAUUCGCUCUCGCCGCAAUUUGGUAUUUCGCUCCAGCUCUAUGCCCUCGAGGUCCGUCUCUUGUGGAUCAACUGCCUCUUCCUUAAGGUGCUGAAACUCGGAUGGGGCGUCCUGAGCACGGCGUCGUACAGCGGCGAGAGUCGACUCAUGGGCUACCUCAACUUGUCGAGCGUCACGUCCUUGUAUUUGAGCGCCGCGGUUCUCUUUUUUGUCCCGUCGUUCAUCGAGUUCAACAACAGCGUCACCAUUGAACUGUUGUACACGUCCGAGAUUCUCGACCCGAUCCACAUCGAUGCGUUCAACGGCUUUUAUCUCCGCUGCAUUCCCGCCAUUGUCGUCCUCCUGAUUCUCAACAUGCUCGGUAUUUUGACGCUAGACCAUGUCCUUUGGCACCGGCACUGGACGCUCUUGGCAAAAAACUCGCUCGCGCGCCAAGCCAUCUUCAACAGCAGCUCGAUCGUAUGCGACUACUGCGACGGAAUCGAGCCGGAUACGGACGUCGGCAGUCAAGGAUCGUUGCUCAUCUGCAAGGCGCGCCGCCUCAGUACGCUGCAGUGGUUUUUCAUGAACCAUUUGCGGUGCUUUGGUCUUCCCGAGAAGGAACUCCGCGCCAAGAAAAAGAUGCUUCAAACAUCAGCGGUGAUGACAUCAACGUCAAGCGAAGACGUCAAGAAUAACGCCAAGUGCAUCAUUGCGCAAGACGGUGAUGGCCAUGUUCACUUGUUGGAUGCCGGCCUCAACGACGUGACGGCGCUCGUGUACAAUAUCAAGAUUCUCAAAGACUCGACUGUCGCGAUUCAGUAGACGUGGGCAUUCAAAAUGCAGAAUAUAUGACCUACAUGCCGUACCCA